GAGGAGGAGGAGGAGGAGAAGGAGCCGCUUCUUGCCGCGGCCUGUCCGCCCGCCAUGGCCGCACUGGGUCGGCCCUUCCCGGGGCUGCCCCUCAGCCUGCAGGCGCCGCCGCAGCCCGCUUUCCACGGCCGCCCUUUCCCGGCCCCGGGGGCCCCCGGCCCCGCCGCCCCCGGCCUCGCGCCCCCCGGCCUGGCCGGCCUGCGGAGCCCCGCACCCCGAGGCCGAUUCUCAGUCCGCUAUAGAAAGAAACACAAGAGAGAAGAGGAAGAUGAAAGUUGUCCCCUAAGGAAGAAAAGACUCACAGAAACCGUGCUCUCUGCCAGUCCUGGUGAUUGGCUCCUCUGUGCCCAUCCGGGCACAGAGGGUCCUGGGGCAAAUGAGUGCCGUGGCGGGCUCCCUGCGUCGGGCAUGUGUGACAUUCUCUGUGAGGAAAUGGAUCAGACGACAGGAGAGCAGCAGUGUGAGGCUGCCCGAAGGAAGCUUCAGGAGAUUGAAGACAGGAUAAUUGAUGAAGAUGAAGAAGUUGAAACUGACAGACGCAUCAGCGACCUACCCAGUCUUGUUCUAUCGGAUACUCUGAAGACGGGCCUGAAGAGUGGGUUUGAUGAAGUCCUUACAAAGAAAAUAAUUGAGUCCAUGAGCCGCCCUUCCAUGGAGCUGGUGCUCUGGAAACCUCUCCCAGAACUCCUUCCUGAUAAGCCAAAGCCUUCACCUUGUGCUAAGAACUACGCAGAAGAGCCUGGAGGGGACCAAAGGAAGCACCCCGGAACUGGCACUGCCUUCCACCAACAGACUGAACUCUUUUCUGAGCCCCAACCAAUCGGGGUCCCUCUCUACAGUGGCCUGGACACAGCCGGAUGCACAGAGGAAGAGAUGGAACUUUAGAGAGCCCCUUUUAAACCACGUGUCCAAUUCUCGAAGGCUCUUUUGUUGGUUGUAUGACCCUCUUGGCCUAAGGACUCGAAAGUUGUAUCAAAUGUGGGGUGUAAUAUCUCUACCUGUGAUUUAUAAAAAAAAAAUCUUGAUUUGGGCAGCUUCUUACUGGAUUCAGCAUCUUACCAAGGAAGCUUCUCUUGGAGCAAGUGGUCUUCUGGGAGGCUUAUUGGGAUGUCAAAUCACUGCCUGUGGGAGAGUUAGAGGAGCUGGAUGUCAGGGCAUCAUCUUCUGAACAUGAGAAGACUUUGGGAGGCUGCCCUUCUUGAUGUUCAGAAAACAGAGCAGGAGGGGAGGGUUUUUGGCUGUUAAGACACAGUCUUGGCAGAAAGGAGUUCAGUUUACGUCCGUUUCUGUUGAAUUAGUGGAAAGAAGGUAAAAUGUCUGUCUAAGCCUCUUGGGAAAGAAGAGCAGCGGGGCUUGGGAGCUUGUGUGUGCUUGCUGCUCAUGGUCCAGCCAUUCUCCCGGAGCUCAGCUGCUUGCCUCCGAGGAGCAGGGCAGGGCAGAGAAGGCCCACCUCAGGCUGCUCCUCUGCCUCGGUCUGCUGUACCUAAUGGACCCAGCGCAAUGUUUCAGUGACGCUUCCAGCCCACUUGGUGUUGCACAGUCUGAGUGCUCUGAGUUGGAUUUUGAUGCUUGAGAGGGUGGCUCUAGAAUGACAGCUUUUAGGCAUUUCUGAGGAAGUGUUCUCAUCCUGCUCAAUCCAAAGUGGAAAGUACAGUUGCUUUAGCCAGAGGCAUGGAUGCGGAUGGGUCAGAAUUCUGCCCAGGGAGGAAGUGAUGACUCAGUUGGCAAAGGGCGCUUGUUGGGGCGUACAGGACUAGCCCAUUGGGUCGGUGCUCCACCUAUUACAGUAACCUCACACUUGGUCACUCUCCUGCCAUUAGGAAACCACCCGAGCUUCUGCAUCUGGAGUCGUUGGGAUAGAGGGUUUGUUCCUCCCCCAGAGGAGCUGGCCCUGCAGCGCUUAUGUGAGAUGCCACAUGGACAGGGUCUUCGGUCCCUUGGCUACCCAAAGGUCUCUUGCAGGGGUCUUUGUGGGCCGCAGGUUGGGACUGACUCGGCAGAAGGCUCUUCCAGGUUCUCCCCGAUCAUCCAGAUGGGAAAACAACCCACUUUGUAUCCAGUAGAGCGUAUUCUAGAACUCGGCUCAAGUCCCUGGCCUUGGAGAAGGCCAGCCUGCCCCUGGGGCUGGUUCUGCUCUUGCCUCUGUUGCUUUGGGUUUCACUAUUUCUGCCUGUAUAGUCAGGAAAAAAAAAUGUAAUGUUUAAUAUUUAAACUAUUUAAUGUCUAUACAGGAAAAAGCUAUUCACAUUUCAAACCAGUAUUGAAGCCAGAUGGAAACCAGCUAAUCAUUUCUUAUUCUUGGACUUGGAGCUGAAUGUAAAGUGUCCUUAGAAAUGUGCCCCUUCUUGUUCCUCUCCUUUGGAGGCUGGUUGACACUUCUCAGUCACGGGAACUGGCCAGCUCCAGCCCCAAUGUCUUUCUUUCCUGGGACCAACUUGUAAAUGAUGUAGGCGAAAAGAUGGUCAGAGUACAAAGCACUCUAGGGGUGGCAAGACGACUAACGGGGUGACUCCCGUGUGUGGGAGGGCAGAAAAGACGAUGACAGCUCCCAAACUAAGUGCUCCUUGUCGAGGCCCUGGACUUGAGGGUCUCAGUGGGGGGCCUGGGGGAACUUGGGGUGGGGGGGGGACUCAGACCUGUUUCUUUCUGCAGAAAAGGAAGUAUUUCAUGUUCCAUUUGGGGCUUUCUUUUGUUCUCUUGCUUAUAUUGAUAGCAGAUAUUGUUCCUUCCUCAACCCCUUUGGUGCUGACUCCUCUGAGCCAAACCCUCAGCCCUCAUUUUGUCUUGGCUUUUUUUUUCCUCUUGUAGCAUCAGGCUUCUGCUUUUGGAAAGGCCUUAGAGGUUUCCUAGUGAGUUAACUUGUAUAUUUUGUUUCAUCUGGAUCCUGCAGCAUGGACCAGGAGUGGGCGAGUGUUGGAAUUGUGAAGAGAGGGGACUUUUCCCUGAAAAAGGGAUCUCUUCGAAGCGAAUGUAGAUUUUCUGUGAGUAUCUCUACAAAGUGAAUGUAGAUUUUCUGCGACUUCUGACGUGUGGUGAAGGGUUUUUGAUUACUAUGAAACACGUGAGACUGAUUCUCACAAGCUUGGUUGAUGACGAGAAAGAAUUGCUUUCCAUCCUUAAAAAGGGAGGGAAAGUGAGAGGCAUUAAAGUUGAAUGUUGAUGCACAAGCUUCAUUUGUUCAUUUGGUUUUGGCACUUAGGGCUUUGUUAAUAACUGGUGACAAGAAUGAUAUAUAACCAGGGAAAUCCUGGAAGUUGUUGGCUGUUUUAUUUCAAACGCAAAUCUGGUCUGUCUGUGUGUCAUGGUUUUCAAUAAAUCUGAUGUGUUUUGGAUUCUUUACGA